AUGGAGUCUAUGCUGAAUGAUUUUCAUUGUCUAUGCAGGAGUUAUGGAAGCUGGGUCUCCAGAAAUCCCACAUUUGUGCUCUUUUCAUCGGUGGCAAUUGUUCUUGUGCUGUGUGUAGGGCUAGUUUGUUUCAAGGUGGAGACACGGCCAGAGAAGCUGUGGGUAGGUCGUGGGAGCAAGGCAGCGGAAGAGAAACAAUUUUUUGAUAGCCAUAUUGCCCCCUUUUACAGAAUUGAGCAGCUCAUAAUAGCGACCGUGCCCGAUCUGAAGCAUGGCAAGUCACCAAGUAUUGUCACAGAUGAUAAUAUUCAGUUGCUUUUUGACAUACAAAACAAGGUUGAUGGAGUUCGUGCUAAUUAUUCUGGCUCAAUGGUAGCUCUAACAGAAAUUUGCUUGAAGCCUGUUGGGCAAGAUUGUGCCACCCAAAGCAUUUUGCAGUAUUUUAAGAUGGACCCUGAAAAUUAUGACAGCUAUGGAGGAGUUGUACAUGCCGAGUAUUGUUUUCAGCAUUAUACUUCUGCAGACACAUGUUUGAGCGCAUUUCAGGCUCCACUUGAUCCAAGCACUGCCUUGGGAGGAUUCUCAGGAAAACAACUAUACAGAGUUGAUGAUGUAGGAAAUGAGAAUGCAAAGGCAUUGGCUUGGGAGAAGGCUUUUAUUCAGUUAGCAAAGGAGGAACUGCUGCCAAUGGUUCUGUCUCGGAAUCUCACUCUCUCAUUUUCAGCCGAAAGCUCAAUUGAGGAAGAGUUAAAAAGAGAAAGUACUGCAGAUGUUAUAACCAUAGUAGUAAGCUAUGUGGUAAUGUUCGUUUACAUAUCUCUAACCUUGGGAGAUGCACCUCAUUUAUCUUCUUUUUACCUCUCAUCGAAGGUCCUACUUGGCUUGUCAGGAGUCAUGCUUGUUGUGCUUUCUGUCCUUGGAUCUGUUGGAUUUUUCAGUGCUGUUGGAAUUAAAUCUACAUUAAUCAUAAUGGAAGUCAUUCCUUUCCUCGUUCUGGCCGUUGGUGUAGAUAACAUGUGUAUACUGGUACAUGCUGUGAAACGGCAACCACUGGAGUUACCUUUAGAAAUGCGAAUAAGCAAUGCGCUGGCUGAAGUUGGCCCAUCUAUAACGUUGGCUAGUUUGUCUGAGAUUCUGGCAUUUGCAGUUGGAAGUUUCAUUCCUAUGCCAGCUUGCCGUGUCUUCUCCAUGUUUGCAGCCCUUGCUGUUCUACUGGACUUCUUUCUGCAAGUUACUGCCUUCGUUGUGCUGAUAUAUUUUGACUUUUUGAGAGCUGAGGAUAACAGGGUUGAUUGUUUUCCAUGCAUAAAAGUCUCUUCAUCUUCUGUGGAAACUAGUGAAGGGAUCUAUCAUAGAAGAACUGGAUUGCUGACCCGCUAUAUGAAGGAAGUGCAUGCACGCAUUCUUGGAUUUUGGGUGGUUAAAAUGGUUGUUAUUGCUGUCUUUCUUGCUUUUACCUUGGCAAGCAUUGCAUUAUGUACUAGGAUUGAACCUGGUUUGGAACAGGAGAUUGCCCUUCCCCGUGACUCUUACCUUCAGGGAUACUUCAAUAAUGUCUCAGAGCAUCUUAGGAUUGGACCACCAUUAUAUUUUGUUGUCAAGGAUUACAACUACAGCUCUGAAUCAAGACAUACAGACCAGUUAUGCUCCAUCAGCCAAUGUGAUUCAAACUCUCUUUUAAAUGAGAUAUCAAGAGCAUCUUUAACACCAGAAUCUAGCUACAUUGCUAAGCCAGCUGCCUCUUGGCUUGAUGAUUUUCUGGUAUGGAUCUCACCUGAGGCUUUUGGUUGCUGUCGGAAGUAUUUAAAUGGUUCUUAUUGUCCACCUGAUGAUCAGCCACCUUGCUGUUCACCUGAUGAUGGUCCUUGUGGCGUUGGUGGAGUGUGCAAAGAUUGUACAACAUGCUUUCGGCACUCAGAUUUGGUCAAUGAUCGUCCAUCUACAACACAAUUUAGAGAGAAGCUUCCAUGGUUCCUCAAUGCACUGCCAUCUGCUGAUUGUGCAAAAGGUGGCCAUGGUGCUUACACUAACAGUGUGGAUCUAAAUGGUUAUGGGAGUGGUGUUAUAAGAGCAUCUGAGUUCCGUACCUAUCACACACCACUUAACAAACAAGGUGAUUAUGUCAAUUCACUGCGAGCUGCACGGGAUUUUAGCUCAAGAAUUUCUGAUUCUUUAAAGAUGGAUAUCUUUCCAUACUCGGUGUUCUAUAUCUUCUUUGAGCAGUAUCUGGAUAUAUGGAGGACAGCUUUGAUCAACAUUGCUAUAGCACUUGGUGCAAUCUUCAUUGUCUGUCUGCUUAUCACUUCCAGUUUAUGGAGCUCAGCAAUCAUUAUAUUAGUCCUGGCAAUGAUUGUUGUGGACCUCAUGGGUGUAAUGGCCAUUUUGGAUAUCCAACUAAAUGCAGUCUCUGUUGUAAAUCUCAUAAUGUCAAUUGGGAUCGCUGUUGAGUUCUGUGUCCAUAUAACACAUGCUUACUUGGUGAGCCAUGGCGACAGGAAUCAACGAGCAAAGGAAGCUCUGAGUACAAUGGGAGCUUCUGUCUUCAGUGGGAUUACACUUACAAAGCUAGUUGGAGUGAUUGUCCUUGGCUUCUCAAGAUCAGAACUUUUUGUGGUUUACUAUUUUCAAAUGUACCUGGCAUUGGUGGUUAUUGGUUUCUUGCAUGGGCUCGUAUUUUUGCCGGUAAGUUUAUUGGAGUUUCUUCCUGUCACAGCUACUACUCUGACACCCAAAGAAGAUGGCUUUGCUAGCCACAUAUGCACUACUGGGCCACCUUCUUUUGCUGGUUGA